UCGAUGGAAAAACUUGGAAACGAGAUCUCGUCGUUCUCGAUAAUCGAUAUUCGAUCGUCUUUCGAAUUUGGACUAGUUUUUGGUUAGAAUUUUCCUCGAGCGGGAUGUUGGGCACGAAAUUGAGAAUGCUGGCCAAAGUGACCCCAAUGGUAAAGCGUCCGAAAAAGCCGGAAAAGAAAAACAGUUGGACGUUCAUGAUCUCGAAGUUCGCGUUCAAUUUGGCCGGAUACAACAAAUUCGGAUUGUACAGCGACGACAUAAUAUAUCACGACAGUCCGGUGGUGAAAGAGGCGCUUCGCCGAUUGCCGAAAGAAGUGCUCGACGCGAGAAAUUUUAGGAGCAUACGGGCGGCCCAAUUGGACUUUCUGAAAAUGAAUCUGCCCAAGGAAAAAUGGAUCACGUACGAGCAGGACAUAAAUUAUCGCUAUCUGCAACCGUACAUAAUUGAGAUCGUGAUGGAGAAACAGGAGGUUAACGAAUUCGGUUGCACCAAUUAUGCCGAGUGGCAUUGGCCCAGCGACGAAUUCAAAUAACAUUCAUUCCACUUUGUUUAAUAAUCAACCAACG